GCUACUAUUGAAAUCUUUUGGGAAGAGCUCGAUCGCUGGUACUGCGCAGCGCAGAUCUGGACUCUGUUUUGUCGCUUUUUUUGUCGUCGACACAAUGGAGCGCGAGGCUUUGAGCACCAGUUUCCGCAGUUUAGGAAGUUUGUCGCCGCGUGUCCUCGUCACCCUGGUCGCACUGCUCGCUGUCGCAAGCGUCGCCUGCGACGCGGAGGGUCCGCGUGAUGCCGAAAAUCCUGCCCCUGCGAUCGUCGCAGAACAGAGCCGGGCGACCGUUGGACGCGGGCGAUUGCUCGCGAGCUCGGCAAAAGAUUGGAGCGCGACGAGCGUAGUCAGUCGGCGACGGUUAGACUCGAGGAGCAGCGUGAACGGGCUGCAGAAGGUGGACCUUGCGCGGCAAGGACGGUCGAAUAAGAAGAAGAACAAGCAGCAGAGGCAAGCGCGGAGGGAAGAGGGCGAUGAAAUGACGUUCGCUGGAUCGAGCAGCGUGAAGAAGCAGGAGAAGAAGCCGAAGACGAUAGUGAAGAAGCAGAAAGGGCAGCGAACGGAGGGUGAGUCAGGGGACAUUAGUACGGCAGCGAAGAAGGGGAAGAAGGGAGAGAAGGGGAAGAAGGGAGAGAAGGGGAAGAAGGGAGAGAAGGGGAAGAACGAGAAGAAGGGGACGAAGCAGGCGAGGCGCGGGUCAACUAAGAACGAGGAAGACGGAUUUGUUUCUUCGGAUAAGAAGGUAUCGCGGACGAAAGGCAACUGGCGUUUUGACGAUCAUCGUCAUGAUGACGAUGACGAUAACGACCAUGAUGGUAACGACCAUGAUGGUGACCGUGACGGCCAUGACAGCGACGACGACGACUGUCACCGUUUCCCCUCUCCCCCGCCCCCCGCACCUCCCUCCGCUCCUCCACCUUCCGGCUCUCCCCCUGGCGCUGGAGGCGCGACAAAGUUCAGCUGCCCGCCCACCUCCGAUAUGUGCUCCUUCGUUUUCGAAGGCUACGAAUCCGACCUCCCUACAAUCACCCUCCCCGCUCUUAGCACUUCCACUGUAUCCAAGCAGGCGUUUCGUCCCAAGACAGCGUACGACCAGAACCUGGAACCGGGUACACUCGUCGCCCUCGUACGCGGGUCACCUCUGGACCUAUCCGAAACGGUGGCUGACAUCUCGCGGAUCAUGUGCCUGGGCGGGAAGAAGAAGAACGCGACACUCCCAAGGUUUGCGUUCAAGCUGACGCCAGACGGCCACCUGAGAUACGAUGACACGCGUGUGGAUGGUGACGUGGCAUGGCUGGCAGCCGCCCGGACAGCGGACGGCGCCGUGGUGAGGCUGAGGAUGCGGUCGGUCACUGUAGACGCGUAUGGGAUGCCCAUACACGUGAAGGGAAACAGCCAAAGAGCAAAUUUUCAGAGCAAGAGAAACUGUGUGCUGUUUAGAGUGAAGCUCGUGGGUGCUGCUACGAUGAAGAAGCCAAAGUGACCCUGAGGGGAGUUUGGGAGGGGAAGGUGCAGUAGCUUCAUCAACAUGGUUGGUUGAGGGGACUUCAGUUAGGCUGAGGAAAUAAGGAAUGGAUGGACGCAGCAUAAUUGACUUAUUGGAACCUAAGGAAAUGCCCAGACUGAGGAAGAAAAGUUACCAGUAGGAUGCGAAGAGGUUGGCUUAUUGUUGGCGGUAAUGUGGAGUUUGAAUAAUAGGAUCUUAUGGCUGUUCGCUGCAGAUUGAUGGAACUAACUACACGAGGACCGGGUAUCC